UUUCUCUAUUGCCGCUCACGUGAUAAGCACGUUUUAUUGUACGUUUCGGGUCGUUUCUAGAAGCCGCAGACGACGCUCAUUUGUGGUUGAAAACUGAUUCUUUUUGACAUGUGAUUAAUUUAAAUAAAAGUAUAAUUUAACGGUAAUAUCUCUGUGACGAUAAUUAAUUCGUCUUUAAGAGAAUAUAUUGACUUACGAUUCAGCAAGUGGCAGUAAUUACGCGAAAGAUGCUACACCGCAUAAGCCCCAUUAAGGGGUCUCUCUCAAGAGACUCAUGGUCCAUUCUACGGGGAUCGUCAAGAAUCAUUACAACUUUUCCUUCAUUGAAGAAAAGGGUCCCUGAAAUUUCACCGAAAGAGCAUCAGCAUGGGAAAUUCUUAAAAAGUGAAGUGAUGCAUGGUUUUGUAGUGACUAGAGUGGACACCGUUAAAGAGAUGUUCCUGACAGCGGUUCAACUAGUACACGUUGCUACAGGUGCACCAUAUUUGCACCUUCAUCGUGACGAUGGCAAUAAUGUGUUCUCAAUUGGGUUUCGCACGACUCCAAUGGAUUCGACUGGUUUGCCACAUAUUUUAGAACACACAACUUUAUGUGGUAGUCAGCGGUUUCCUUGUCGAGAUCCUUUCUUUAAAAUGUUGCAUCGUUCUCUGGCAACAUUCAUGAAUGCAAUGACUGGGCCAGAUUACACUAUCUACCCAUUCUCCACACAGAAUUUAAAAGACUUCCGAAACCUUCAGUCGGUCUAUCUGGAUUCAGUCUUCAAGCCUAAUUUGAGAGAGCUGGACUUUCGUCAAGAGGGAUGGCGUCUUGAACACAGUGACGUUUCCGACAAGUCUUCUCCAAUAAUCUUCAAGGGCGUUGUCUUUAAUGAAAUGAAGGGCGUCUUCAAUGAAAACCAGUCUAUAUUUGCCCAACGUUUACUGAACUCUAUUUUACCAAGCCAUACUUAUGGAGUCAUCUCCGGUGGUGAUCCUUUAGAGAUCCCUAAGUUGACUCACACUGACUUAGUGAACUUCCAUUCAAAAUAUUACCACCCUUCUAAUUCCAGAUUCUACUCCUAUGGGAAUUUCCCAUUGGAAGAUCACUUGGAAUUCCUUGAUAAGGAAUAUCUGUCCACGGCAGGUAGAAUAAACCCCUCAAUGUCGAAAGUACCAUCUGAGGAACGGUGGAAACAACCUAGACGAGAACACAUUUCCUGCAAAAAUGAUCCGAUGAUAGCAGAUCCUAGUCGGCAGAGUACAAUUGGAAUUGCCAAUCUGUGUAAUGACAUCACGAAUGUUCAGAUUACCUUCGAACUGUAUAUAAUUUCCCAGUUACUAUUGAAGGGGCCGAAUUCAGCAUUUUAUAAGAGUCUUGUGGAAUCCAAUCUGGGGACUGGAUUUGGACCAGUAACAGGGUUCGAUGCCCAAACUCGAGAUACAAUGUUUGUUGUCAGUCUUCAAGGAGUUCGUAGCGAUGAUUUUGAUAAGAUCCUCAAUGUCUAUGAGAAUACUUUACAAAAGGUUAUUGUUGAAGGGUUUGCGCAGGACCACCUAGAAGCUGUGCUUCACAAUAUUGAGCUUCAGGUAAAGCACCAGUCGUCGAACUUCGGAUUACAUUUGUUAUUCAAUCUGACUCCUUUGUGGAACCACGAAGGUAGUGUAGUUCAGUCGAUGAGGAUCAGUGAAGCUGUUCAAAAUCUCCGGUGGAAGCUAAGAGCUGAUCCUAACUACCUGCAAAGCCUCACCGAAAAAUAUCUAUUGAAGAAUCCUCAUCGCCUCACACUAACGAUGUCUGCAGACGAGACUUAUGAGACUAAUGUAGCUGCUGCAGAAGAGGCUUUAUUAAAACAGAAACUGACUUCCCUUUCUGAGACAGAACUGGAUUCUGUUUUUGAACAGGGUCAGAUUCUACUGGCAGAGCAGCAAAAGAAGGAGGAUGUUGGAGUACUUCCAACACUAAAAAUCGAGGACUUGAAGAAAGACAUCGAGAGGUUCCACUUAGACAAUAUCGACAUCUCCGGAGUUCCUCUACAGUACACCAUUCAACCAACUAAUGGCAUCUGUUAUUAUAGAGCGAUUUUGAACACUAAAAAUCUCUCGGAAGAAGAGAAGGAUCUUCUUCCUCUCUUCAAUGCAGUAGUUGUGAAGAUGGGAACGAAAAAUUUCGACUAUAGGACUUUUGAUAGGAUGGUCGAGCUGAAGACUGGAGGGCUUUAUCUGUCUAGCCAUCUUGCUGAAAACAAGAGCAACAUCAAUAGCUUCGAGGAAGGGAUUUUCCUGCAUUCCUUCUGUUUGGAACGAAACAUGGAGGGCAUGUGGGAUCUUUGGAAGGAAUUAUUGAAUCAUCCUAACCUUACCGAUAUCCAACGAUUUGAAACCUUGGUAAAGAUCACUGCUGCAAACCUGGCGAAUGGGAUCGCUGACUCUGGACAUAGUUAUGCGAUAAGCAGUGCAGCUUCCUUGAUCUCUCCCAUUGCGAAGCUUCGAGAAAACCAGUCAGGGCUUCGUUUCGUUGGCAGAAUGAAGAAACUAGCAGCAAGCAAAGACCUUGACACGGUCUUGAAAAUGCUACAGGGGAUCUCGGAGACUGUUUUCCAGAAGGAUCACAUGAGAUCUAUGAUCAAUAUUUCGAACAGAGACAGAAAAAGGACAGUGGAAAGUCUUCAGAGCUUCUAUAAGAAUUUACAGGGAGAGUCAAAGGAGCCCUUCGUUCUCACCGAACAGAACUUUGAGCCAACGGAAACCAGUGUGCACCAUGUUCUGCCUUUUACCGUGAAUUAUACUUCAAAGGCAAUCUCCACCGUUCCUUAUAAAGAUCCUGAUUAUGCCGCACUGAAUGUGCUAUCUAAAUUACUGACAUCGGCUUACCUUCACCCAGAAGUUAGAGAGAAAGGUGGAGCUUACUCUGGCGGAGCAAAAUUGUCUUUAGAUGGCAUAUUUUCAUUUUAUUCCUAUCGCGACCCUAAUUUUAGUCGCACUCUGGAUAUCUUUGAUGGUGCCUAUGACUUUCUUCAGAAGAAGACCUUUAGCGAAAGGGACAUCGACGAGGCAAAGCUGUCUUUAUUCCAGCGUCUCGAUGCUCCUACACCACCUGGCAAUCGAGGGCUGGCUAACUUUGCAUAUAAUCUCACGUAUGACGAGAUACAAGAACAAAGGCUUAGGGCGAAAAAUGUCACCGAACAGGAUAUCAUGCACGUUGCUGAGAAAUAUUUGAAGCCUGGUGCGGAAGGUGUGAAAGUGGGUCGUUCUUUAAUCGGUCCUGAUAACACCGAUGUGACAAAUAGGACUUCAGAAAAUUGGAUCGUCUUUGAUCAAGAGGAAGAGACUCAAGCGCAAGCUGUUGAGUGAUGUGAACCUGUACCUAGAAACAGUCCUUAAUUUUAGUGCAAGUUUGAAAACGUUAUGAAAUUAACUUUGUGCGUAAAGUUUGUUUAAAUCGAGAUUGUUUUCACUGAAGUAUGUACAUUUUAUAAAAAAGUAAUCAUAGUUGCCUCAGCAUAAGACGUCUUCGAUGCAAAGUAUUCUAAGCGUUUGCAGUUUAGCUGCGAAUGCAGGAGAAAUAGAGGUAUCAUGUAAAUGAUGUAAAAGACAUUAAGCGUUAUUGUAAGCGUAUUCUUUUAAACAAAUUUAAUCAUUUCCAUUUCGCAAUCGCUGAGAAGAGAGCAGCUCAGUGCUCGUAUACCAAAUUUGACGACGAGAAUGAAUAAAAAUUGUAAUUAAUUCUAAGAGAAACGGCACCAUUUCUUCGGACAAAUUUC